AUGCCCGAAUAUCAUGACGCACAGUCGGUCCUCAACGACAACAAAACACAGUGGGCUAUGGCUUCAACACAUACCCUGGUCGAUGGCGAUAAGCCUACCCAGCUAUCACCGCCAUCUGGACUACUAGAUCCCAAGAGCGAACAAAGCGACUUCGAGCAAGCAUCUACCCGCGCUCCGUCGACGGCUCCAGACGUUGAAUAUGACGAGAAAAAGGAGAGCCCUGGCAACGUGACGGAUGAAGAGAAGGGCGAUGCACAACAAACAGGGCCCGAAUCAGCUCAGGCCAUCCCUGUUGAGUAUCCGACAGGAAUAAGGCUGGUUUUCAUUGUUAUUGCUCUAGUGCUGAGCGUCUUUCUGGUCUCCCUCGACAUGACAAUCGUAGCAACAGCAAUUCCCAAAAUCACCGACGAGUUCCACGGCCUUGACGAUGUCUCUUGGUACAGCUCGGCCUUCUUCAUGACUCUUGGUGGCUUCCAGUCCGCAUGGGGCAAGGCUUACAAGUACUUCCCACUCAAGAUCAGCUUUCUACUCUCCAUCUUCAUUUUCGAACUCGGUUCCCUGAUAUGCGGCGUUGCACCCAACAGCGAAGCUCUUAUCGUUGGUAGGGCUAUCGCCGGUGUUGGAGCUGCGGGUAUCGCCACCGGCGCCUACACAAUUAUUGCAUUCUCCGCCGAACCCAAGAAGCGACCGAUGUUUACAGGUAUUGUCGGUGCGAGCUACGGUAUCGCGUCCGUGGUUGGGCCUCUGAUCGGUGGUGCCUUCGCCGACAAAGUCUCUUGGCGCUGGUGUUUCUACAUAAAUCUGCCAAUCGGCGGUCUCUCCGGCGCGAUCAUCUUGCUCUUCUUUACUACCCCAAGCGCAGCUAAGCCUGCCGCCGCCUCACUCCGCGAGAAGCUUUUGCAGAUGGAUGUUCUCGGCAUUGUCCUUAUCAUGGGUGCCGUGAUCAGCUACAUCCUCGCCCUGCAAUACGGUGGCACAACACACGCGUGGAACUCGUCUGUCGUGGUGGGUCUCCUUGUUGGAUUCGUGCUCAUUGCUGCUGCCUUCGCCGCAUGGGAGUGGUUCCAGAAAGACCGGGCAAUGAUGCCUCCCCGUCUCAUCGGCAACAGAGUGUACCUUGUGUCAUCUUUGUUUGCCUUCUUCUUCGCAGGGGCUUACUUCCUUGUCAUUUAUUACCUGCCGAUUUACUUCCAGAGCAUCGACAAUGUCAGUCCCACGGACAGCGGCGUCCGCAACCUGCCCUUGAUCUUGGCUGUCACAAUAGGCACCGUCGCCAGCGGGAGCUUCAUCUCGGCAACCGGAAUUGCUACUCCUGUGGCGGUCAUUGGCUCUGUCUUGGCGACAAUUGCGGCGGGACUAUUUUACACAUUCGACAUCGGCACUCCGUCCAGUAAAUGGAUUGGAUACCAAGUCCUCGGAGGUCUCGGCUGGGGCCUUGCCUUCCAGGUUCCCAUCAUCACCGGUCAAGCAACCGCUCCGCCCGAAGACCUGGCAGAGGUCACAGCCAUUAUCCUCUUCUUCCAAACGGUCGGAGGCGCCUUCCUCGUCUCUGCCUCACAGUCUGCCUUUGUCAAUGUAUUGAUCAAGACGAUACCCUACUCGGCACCCGGUGUGGACCCGGCGAGACUCAUCGCAACUGGCGCGACUGAGCUACGAAAGGCAUUCACUCCUGAAGAGCUGCCAGGUAUAUUGGUGGCUUAUAUGCAUGGACUUAAAAUUUCUUUUGCGGUCGCUCUGGCGGCGACGGGAAUGGCUUUGGUGAUUGUGUUGUUCUCGAAGUGGAAGCGGCUGAACACGGCAGCCAUUACCGGCGGUGCCGCCGCCUGA